AUGGCAAUCAAAGAGUUUCUCUUGUCUUCAUUCCACCAACUCUGUUUUGCUCAAAGAGUUUCUGACUAUUUCACCAACUUGUUCUCUCCUUAUGUUGAGAUCAACUUCCCGGAGAGCGAUGAGUACCGUCUCAACCACGCUUUCUCAGCCAUCGAGACCUACCUUGGGUCAAAAGCAACCGAUAAAUCCAAACACCUCAAAGGAAGCCAAGUGAAGGAAAGCAAAGGUUUGGUCUUGAAACGAGACGAGGUUAAAGUCAGAGACGAAUACAAAGGAGCUCAUAUCUGGUGGGAGAUUGUGACUAGUGCUGAUGGAGAAAGAUCUUACAAGCUCACGUUUCACAACCGCGCAAGGAGUCUCAUAACCGAUUCAUACGUACCAUAUGUGGUUGAAGAAGGAAAAUGUAUUGAAGCCAAGAAAAAGCAGACGAAGCUCUUCACUAAUAACCCUAGUUCUCAAUGGGUUUUUAGCCAUAACAUGUGGAGAUCUAUUGAGUUCGAGCAUCCGGCGAGUUUUGAGACACUAGCCAUGGAUCCAGAGAAGAAAGAAGAGAUCAUGAACGAUCUUGUAGCCUUCAGAAAUGGGAAAGAUUAUUACAAGAAGAUCGGGAAAGCUUGGAAGAGAGGUUACUUGCUGUAUGGGCCACCAGGAACCGGUAAGUCCACCAUGAUCUCAGCUAUGGCUAAUUUUUUGAACUACAACAUCUAUGAUCUCGAACUCACGGCUAUAAAGAACAACUCGGAGUUGAGGAAACUGCUCACAGCAACAGCGAGCAAGUCCAUUGUUGUGAUUGAAGACAUAGAUUGUUCUGUAGAUCUCACUGGUAACAGAAUCAAGAAGGACAGGAACUCAAUGGAAAAGAAUGGAGAACAAGAUAAAGAUGAAAACACGGUCACACUCUCUGGCCUUCUCAACUUCAUUGAUGGUAUUUGGUCUGCUUGUGGGCAAGAAAGGAUUGUUGUGUUCACAACAAACCAUUUGGAUAAACUUGACCCGGCUUUGAUUAGGAGAGGAAGAAUGGAUAUGCAUAUUGAGUUGUCUUACUGCACUUACGAAGCCUUCAAGAUUCUUGCCAAGAAUUACCUGGAUCUUGAUGACCAUGAUGAUCAUCCUCUGUUUAGAAAAAUCAAGUCUUUGUUGAAGGAGACAAAGAUUUCUCCAGCUGAUGUAGCAGAGAACUUGAUGGCAAGAAACCAUCAAAUAGACGUUGAUGGAUCCCUGAACAAUCUGAUCAAAGCUCUGGAGAAAAGGAACAACAGUCAGAGAAGCCAACAUGAGAGGAAAAACAACAAAUUUAGAAUAUUUGGUUGA